GCAUUGUCUAACCGGAAUACCUGGGCAGUAUGAAUGUUGCACUAGUUGUGGUCUAAGCCAACCGUCCUACCCUUUAACACCUUACUCAGUCUAAUGUUGGCAUCUCUGUCAAUCAUCGGAUCAUGCUUUCACGAACUAAAAAUUAAUGGCUAUCUUCUGCGAACUAUCUAGGCAUUACUUUAUCUGAUAUGGACCAACCACCUAUCCGAAUAUUGAGACGACCAUGUCCAGUUCCAUCUGAUGUUCCUAAUACACCACAGAGGCCACCAGUAGUCACAAAAACACUUGAACAAAGGGAAGCAGACUAUGCUGCUGCUCGAAAAAGGAUAAUGGGGUCCGCUACCCCGGAGUCACUUAAGGUAGAGACGAAAGAAUUAACAGAGUCUAAUCCAUUGAAAAUGACAGACGAUUCCAACAAGGUCAUUACAAAACAGGAUCCGUCAAUUGCGUCCACCAUUCCCACGACUCAGAACAUGGAGGUUAGUGGUCAAAGUAACUUUUCGGAAAUGACAACCAAUCACUUGUUCACUAACCACAGUGGAGUCCAACUUUCCAUGCCCCAGAGUAGCAAACAGCCUCUGGAUAUCAAUGUUGGUCGAAAGCCUCAACAACACUCACAUUCUACAUCAAACGGCGUUCGGCAGAAUUUACAACAGCGCAGUGCAACAGUGUCUGCCAAUAGAUUAUCUUAUAUUCCUCCCCAUCCUCCUCUUUUUUCUUUUCAAACUGGGUACAAUAAUGUUGGCCUUCUUCCUACUCCGCCUGGCUUUCAAUGUUCACUUCCAAAUGAGACGAAUGGUAGUCUUCAACAAACGACUGCCUUCGCUUUGAUGCAACAGUUUAGUCUACUACAACAACAAUAUCAACAUACUUUAACUGGCAUUCAAAAACAGUUAGUUUCUUCUGGAUCGCACUCGUCCAACAGUUUUAAUCCUUUGAACUUUUCAUCGUUUUCCCAGUCUAACAUCAACCAGAAAAACUAACAUCGUUAGUUGAGUUCCGGGAUUUGUUGUAAAUUGCACGUGUCAGUCAUCUGCUGGCAAACGCGUUUAUCUUGUUCACAAAACUGUUAAGUUGUGACUGUAGUCGCUGAGAGUUGGAUAUUUUGUUUCUAUACCACUUCGUACAAAAUCUUAUUCUGUAACAUCUAAUCUCAAAAGAAACACUUUUUUAUAUAUUUACACGCUCUUAAAUUCAUGAUAUCAACACAUGUUUGUUAACAUUUUAUUUUCAGAUAUACCAAUCCUUCAACUUUCAAUUGAUUUAAAUUUGCAGUAGUCAGCGUGUAAACGUGUACCUAUUUUCCAUUUCAAAUGGGGUUUCGUAGAUGUACAACUUUAUGUAAUGACUUUAACCACUCUCUGCUUUUGAUAAUUUUGUGGUUUAGUGCUAUACUCAGCUUGUGCUGUGACAUUUUAUUCAAUAUACAUAUACUUCUGUAUAAAUAAAGUGCUUAGAAAACCAAUGCUGUUUUUUUCGUGCAUAUAUUCAGUAUCGAAUGCCUUCUCCGAACAUAUUUUGCUUUAAUUGUUCCUUACACUAGAGCUAAGAAUUGUUUUUCUAUAUACAGAUGUGCUCAGUUUAUGUGAUCACGUAGUUCCCAUUGUGUGGUAAAAAUUGAUCUUUUGGAAUGGUAGCUUGUUCAAUGGCUUUAUAAUUGUAGGUUGUUUGUGGUCAGCAUCUGUGAGGUUCGUCAAUCCAUUUCGUAGUCUAUUUUUGCCGCUCACUAGGAUUUUUCUUGCUUUCCAGUCUGUGGUUUUUCUUCAACCUUCAUACCAUUUAAUAGAAAAGAAAGCCGGGAACAUAUGCAACAUUUGACUUCCUAAUUUCUAGAGACCACUACCAAACAAACAAAGCAUAACAAAUUUCAAAUGUGCUUGGGUUUAGUUCUCCUUAAUGCUGAGAUAGUCGUGAUUUUCGUAACUACAUGACACGGCUCAAGAUUGCACACAAUAGCUCAGGUACAUCUAUUGUCUUCUCUUUGAUCUUGAGUUUCUAAAU